AUUUAUAUAUAUUCCACAUAAACUUAAACAAACAACAAACUUACUUUCAAUCAUUUUUUUUAAGUCCACUUUCAAACUCUCUAAGUUUUCUCAAUCAAGUUCAAGAUGGUAAAGAAUGAAGUGAUGGUGGAUGAAAUUCCUUUUCCUUCUCAAUUCAUGGUGAAUAAUAAGCCUUUACCUUUGAUGGGCCAUGGAAUAACAGACAUAGAGAUACAUUUUCUCCAAAUUAAAUUCACAGCAAUUGGAGUUUACUUGGAUCCAGAAAUUGUGACUCAUUUGCAACAAUGGAAGGGAAAAACAGGGGAAGAACUAACUGAAAAUGAUGAAUUCUUUGAGGCUAUUGUUAAUGCUCCAGUUGACAAGUUCUUGAGAAUAGUAGUGAUUAAAGAGAUCAAAGGUUCACAGUAUGGUGUGCAGCUAGAGAGUGCCAUACGCGAUCGCUUAGCAGAAGUCGAUAAAUAUGAAGAAGAUGAGGAAGAAGCACUCGAAAAAAUCGUUGAAUUUUUCCAGUCUAAGUAUUUCAAGAAAGAUUCAGUAAUAACAUAUUAUUUCCCAGCUACCUCUGGGAGUGCAAAGAUAUCGUGCACGAUAGAAGGUAAGGAAGACUUGGAAAUUGAAGUUGAAAAUGCAAAUGUUGUAGAGAUGAUGAAGAAAUGGUACUUAGGUGGAGCUAGGGGAGUGUCACCUACAACUAUUUCAUCUUUGGCUAACAACAUUUGUGUUGAAUUGUCUAAAUAAAAGACAUAAUGUUUGUGUUUGUUGUUUUGAUUUUUGUUGUUUUGGUCAUGUUGGCUAUUGUAUUUGGCCUAUGGAGAUCUUUUGUUUCAAAAUUUGUGUUUGAAAUUAAUAAAUUAGAAGUUCAUUUUA